AUGGAAAGAUUGAUGUCCUUUAAGCGUUCAUUGUCUUAUUCUUUGCCAUGCAGAUUUCUCAAAGCUCCCAAAUUUGAUGUUAAAUUUGUAACGAACAAUCUGCAUCUAUAUGAAAAAUCAAUCAGGAAUAGGAACCUAGUGGAUGGUUCGAAACUUCUGGAAGGUCUCCAAGCGUUACCUGAAUUAUAUCAAAAUGAAAAAGUUCUGCUUCAAAAGAUUUCUGACAUACAGUCACGUCGCAAAAGUUUAGAAGGUUUGAUUAAAGUUGACAAGUCAAAGAUUGAGGAAUUAGGUGAAGAGUUUAAACAUUUAAAAGAAGCGUUUAAGACACUAUCAGAUGAAUUGAAUACUUCUGCAACCAAAAGUUUUGAAAUAUGUUCAUCACUGCCAAACUUGAUAUCUUCUGAUGCCCCGUUGACCAAACCCGAAAUUAUUCAAUGGAUCAAUCCAAAGGAGUCUCUUCCAUCAGAUGAGAGGCGUCACCAUGUAGAUAUAAUGGUAACAAAGAACAUGUUGGAUUUGAAAACUGCUUCAAAUAUUAGCGGGACUUCAUGGUAUUAUCUAUUGAACGAAGGUGCGGAAUUGGAACAUGCAUUGGUGUCCUUCGCAAUUGCGAAAGCUAAGGAAGCAGGGUUUCAAAUUUGUAUCCCACCAAGCAUCGUUAGAGAUGAAAUUAUUGAUGCCUGUGGAUUCAGACCGAGAGAUAUGAAUAAUGAACAGCAAAUUUACCACAUUGAUAAAAGUCAAUUGGGAUUAACAGCAACAGCGGAAAUAAGUCUUGCAGGUCUAGGUGUUAAUAAAGUGGUUGAUCUAUGUAAAGGUCCGAAGAAAAUCGCUGGCGUGAGCCGCAGUUAUAGAUCAGAGGCUGGAGCAAGGGGUAAGGAUACGAAGGGACUAUAUAGGGUGCAUGAAUUCACAAAAGUUGAGUUGUUCUGCUGGAGUAAGCCGAAAGACAGUGAAAAUGUCCUGGAGGAAUUAAAAGACUUCCAAAUAGAUUUGAUAAAGUCAUUGGGAUUAACAGCAAAGGUGUUGAACAUGCCAACAAAUGAUUUGGGUGCUCCUGCUUACAAAAAGUAUGACAUUGAAGCCUGGAUGCCGGGAAGAGGUUCAUUCGGAGAAAUUACAAGUACUUCAAACUGUUUGGAUUUUCAAAGCAGAAGAAUGAACACGAAAUUCAAAAACGAAUACACGGGCAAAUUAGAAUUUGUGCAUACCUUGAACGGCACCGCAAUGGCAGUCCCAAGAAUGAUACUGUCAUUAAUAGAGAAUUUUUAUGAUCCUAAUAACAAAAGAAUAUCGAUACCGGAUUGUUUGAGACAAUACAUGGGUGGUAAGGAAUAUAUUCAGUAA